CUCAAACGUGAAGAUGAUCAGACUCUCUCUACUGGCACUGCUGGCGACUUCAGCCUUGGCCGCCCCUCUCGAUGAACGUCAAUCCGGUCCAUCAGUCACCAUCAGGAAUGGCACGGUCGUUGGUAGUACUGCAAGUGGCAUCGACAGCUUCAAGGGCAUUCCCUUUGCACAACCUCCCGUUGGCAACCUUCGAUUGAGAUCACCGCGUCCCCUCGCUUCUGGCUUUGGCACAAUCACUUCGGACCCAAGUCCACGAGCAUGUCCUCAGUUCUCCACACAAGUCAACACAGGCAAUCUUCCGCAAGAUGCUUUGGCAAAGCUUAUGAAUACUCCGCUUUUUCAGGAGAUUAACAAUGCUGGCGAAGACUGCUUGACUCUGAACGUGCAACGACCAUCUACUGCGACUUCAUCGUCCAAACUGCCUGUGCUUUUCUGGAUCUAUGGCGGUGGAUUCGAAUCCGGGAGUACCGGCAUGUAUGAUGGUGGCAGCAUUAUCCGCAAGUCUGUAUCUCUCGGCAAGCCUAUCAUGUUUGUCGAAGUGAACUACAGAGUAGGUGGAUUCGGGUUCCUUGGAGGCAAGGAUCUUGCUGGCGAAGGCAACACCAACUUGGGCCUGCGUGACCAACGUCUUGGCCUUCAAUGGGUCCAGGACAAUAUCGCUGCUUUCGGAGGUGACCCAACCAAGGUGACGAUUUGGGGAGAGUCGGCGGGAGCGAUUAGUGUCUUUGAUCACACCGUGAUCAACGGCGGCGACAACACCUACCAUGGCCAAGCCCUCUUCCGCGGUGCGAUCAUGAAUUCGGGCUCUGAAAUCCCUGCGACAAGUGUCACCGAUCUGAAGAGCCAAAAGGUCUACGACACAGUCGUCGCAGCAGCAGGCUGCAGCUCAGCAUCCAGCCAACUCGCUUGCCUUCGCGCCCUCUCCUACGAGAAAUUCUUGAACGCCGCCUCCUCAGUCCCAAGCAUCUCCUCCUACCAAUCCCUCGACAUCGCCUACCUGCCACGUCCAGACCCAGGCAACUCCUUCUUCUCCGAAUCCCCCGAAGUCAGCAUCAACGCCGGCCGCUUCACCAAAGUCCCCAUCAUCAUCGGCGACCAAGAGGACGAAGGCACCGCCUUCUCCCUCGUCCAAUCCAACGUCACCACCGACGACCAACUCGCCCAAUACCUCGCUGACUACUUCCCUACCAACCCCAACGCCCUCGCAAACGUCCGAGCCCUCCUCGCAAACUACCCCAACCAACCCCUCGAAGGUCAACCCGCCGGCUCCCCCUUCCGCACAGCAGGCCUCAACAACAUCUACCCCCAAUUCAAGCGUCUCGCCGCUGUCCUUGGAGACAUCACUUUCACCCUCACCCGCCGCGUAUACCUCCACACCGUUCAACCCAAAGGUGUCAAAACCUGGUCCUACCUCUCUUCGUAUUUUCAUGGUACCCCCGUCCUCGGAACUUUCCAUGCUUCGGACCUUUUGUUCAGUUUCGCUCUGAUGGGAGAUGCGGAUGCGAAUCCCAUCACCAACACGAUUCAGACGUAUUAUGUUUCUUUCGUGAAUGAUUUGGAUCCGAAUUCUUUGGGGAGUGGAAGUGGAAGACAGAUCAAUUGGCCGAAUUGGACUCCCAAUAGUGCGCAAUUGUUGAAUUUUCAGAGUUUGGCGAAUCAGAUUAUUUCGGAUGAUUUUAGGAAUGCUGCGUAUCAGUAUUUGUUGAGUGCGCAGACGCAGUUUCGGAUUAAGAGGUGAAGGGGCUUGAAAAAGUUGGGGCUUCAUGCUGUCGGAUUUUGAAGGGGUAUAUAUCUUUCUUCUGUUCGCGGGUAUCAUCGAAACCUCAGACUUUCUUCCCUUGUG